UGCCCAGUGAGAACGCGUUUUCAACGGGUGUCAGAUUUGGUUUAUUGUUAGAGUUUGGCAGAGAAGAGCCUUAUGAAACAUAAUUAAAACAGUAAAACGCAUGUACACUGCUUACUACAUUUUCAUAUUCACUUCUCGUUGGCGUUGAUCUAGACUAGGUUUUCACGAGCAGGAAAAUACCACGAAGCAAUCACAGCAUUUUGCUGCCGACUUCUUGACCAAUAGGAAUGCCAAUAAAGCAGUGACGGAUCACGUGUGCGCGUUGAAUACGAAUCUUCUAUUAUCGGCAUGCCUCACAUGGCGCGAUCAUGGACUUGGCGAGAGUGGAACUUCAGUCCACCACACCGUAAGUGUGUGAAUCUUAAAAUUGACAAUCAAUUCAGUUUGGCAAAUCCGAGCCUAAAUAAUCAGUGUGACUAUGAAUCCAAGACAUCUCAGCCACCUAGUUGGCUUCAACACCAACGGUCCACACAAUUCCAAGAUUUUCCUGAUUUUACUGGAAUUGAUUGGAAGGUAUCAAAGCCACGAGAAAAUUUCAAACUUACUCUACUAGCGAAACCACAUGUGAAGAAUAAAAAGGAAUGUCCUUGUGAUCCUAGAAAAGAUUUUAAUCUGUUGCAAAAUAUGCCUAACAAAAAGGACUCAUCAUUGUCUAUAAAAAAAGGUGUGCCUGCUAAUGGUACAUUUAUCGAUAUAUUUACUGGCUGUUAUUAUUUUGUCAUGACAAAUAGAGAAGAAAAAAGUUGGUUGUGGGGUCCAUAUUUUUACAAUACCACGUAUCCUGUCCAUGAUCCAACCGUGAGAUGCCAAUUUGAAAAUGUUUCAAAUGCGGUUAUUGAAACGAGUCGAAUAUUACCCUUUAACUUGAUCAUACCAACAACUUGUAUCGAAAUGAAUCUCAAGUUGUGGGAAAUUGAUGAAGAAAAGUUUAAAAAAGCGAGUGAUUUUAGUGUGACCACAUCACCGGCGUCGCAGAUCUGCCACGUGAGCAUGGUGGCAAAUUUGACUUUUGGAUGCGAGUACAAUCACACAAACCUUAACCUUUCGUGGCCAAUGGAAUAUCAGAAUCUAACAAAAGGUGCCUGGCGCGUUAAGGUCGUAUGGGAAGGACUGAAAGAAGGUGACGUUUGUUACUUUUUGGAAUUGUCACAAACGUACAAGCGGAGUAUACCAGGAUGUAGUAAUUUACUGUUUAACCCGACACAAUGGAAAAAUUAUGCCACGAUUGGGAGGCUCGACCUACCUUGUUAUAAGAAGCUUAAAGAACCUGGAGCUGGCUGGAAUCUUGAUGAGCUUAGAUUAAUUGCAGUUGCUGUUCUCUUGGCAGCAAUAUUGCUCUUUUGGAUCUUGAAAUUAUUCAGAAUCCGAUGUGGAAGAAGCCAUAUGGGAAAUGAUGUACCCUUCAACACGAUAAAUCCAUUACUGAACAAAGAAAAAGCCCAACAGAAUUUUAAUAAUUUACAGGUUUAAUUUUCGUUGAUAGAAGAAAUGAGAUCUUUCAGAGAUAAGUUAAAGGAAAGGUGCGGUUGGCCGGAAGGCGUGAAGUAAGCAUAUGACGAAGCAUAACCGGCGUGACUCUUGCAAUAUGUGACGUAACAUCCAGAAAUAUAAAUAUAUAACGUUUAAACAGUAACGUACGGAUGAUGUAAAUGUUCCGGAAAUUAAUGUUCACCAAAGAUCAAAGAGCAAAUCUGCAUUCAUCCUUCGGUUGAGUAAUGUCAACUGUACAUUUCCUUUUAAGUACUUCUUUACCAAGAAUACCUUUUGUACUUAUUGUUAGUGAAUGUUGAAGUUUCCUGGACUCCUGGAAGUCAAUUAAGUAUAUAAAUCAUUGCUUUCACCGACAUCAAAGGUUUUCCAAUUUGUACUUAUCGAAAUGCGUUUUAAUUUUCGGACAUUUCAAUAUUUGUUUUGAACUUUCGGGAUACAAUUGCACCUUAGUUUACUAGGAUCAUAAAAAUUCGUAUCUAAUUUUGUCGCUUGAAAUUAUUUUUAUUAUAACUAUUAUACUAAUAUGAAGUUUGUACAUAUCAUAAGUAUCGCUGCCAAAUGUUUAUACUUUACUGAAUGUAAUCAGAAUCCAGUGAUUAACUACUUUAUUCUGUUCCAUCAAUAUUUCUUGAAAAAUGAUUUACCGUAAGAUUAUGGUGGGGUGCCCUAGUCGAUUUCGAUGUUGACGUAUAUUCUCCAAGAAUUGAAGUCUACAUAUAUAAAAUGCGAAAAAGGGCUAAACAGCCUCAUUCUAUGUGCAAUUCUCAGCAAAACCACUCCAAUAUGUUUCAACUUCACACAAAAACAAAAAAAUGGCAUGAUUUCUACGAAUUUGCAAAUGUACGACCAGCUGUGCUUACGGCUGAGCGUUCGAGAACAUGUGAGAAAAUUUUUUACCUAAAACAAUAUUGUAAUUCCUAGUUUUCGGUCAGCGACUUCAAUAUUGCAUGAAAACUGUCUCACGAUAGUUCAUUUUACUCGUCAUUCUUUUCGGAAUUGCGGCAGGUAUCUCAAUUAUGCACUUUUUGGUCACUAAAAUGCGGGAAAUGUGGAAAUAGUAACACGUGUCAAAACACCACACGUUUCUUCGAAGCUUUUCGUUAUAUGAGCAUGAUUAACUUUUCUGAAUUCCGCUGCGAAAGAGCGAUGCAACGUCAAAAUUUGUACCCUUUCCGUUCAUUUGUACCAGCAAAAUUAUAUCCAUUUCUUUCAAUACAACUGGGAUCAUGAAAAUGAAGAUGGCGAUUGUUACAGAACAUGCUCUUUGUAAAAAUGUCACAUUAUUUCACUCAGAAAAUCAAUUUGAAAAAGACGCCUGACACUGCCGUCGGUAAAUCGUCAAUUGACGUGGAAAAUCAGUUACAAAAACCGAUUACGUGUCAGAGGGUAUUAUUUUAUCGCAGGGAAAUCAAAAACGCGAGCGUUGCCUUUCUCUGCCUUUGAAUUUGGUGCAAUAUGAAAUAGUUUUUGCAAAUUCGUUUAAUACUGAGUUAUUAGAGCUAUUGCUUCUGAAAUCAGCAUUCAAACCUUUUUGUUCAAAUUUGAGUGGUAAGAAGAAUUGGGUAUCAACAUCCAGGUCGCUCACCCUAACUCACGAUCAACUCUCACCCGAGAUUCUGAUCCUGGUAUCGGUAUAAACAGAGGUAUUAACGCGCUCAAUUAAUGAUAUGGCAGGUGGUGCGACAGUAAACGACAAUUCGGUUAUUAAUAUUAAUAACGAUAAUAACAAUCAAAUUCAGAUGCGAAAAUGAUUCGGUGGGAAAACUUUCUUACCAUCGUUGACAUGCAAAAAAAAAAAAAAAAAUUACUACCCGUGUUGCUCAUCGACGUAACAGGUUUCGAAAUGUUUCAUAACUCAUCGUUAUAACGAAAAAGCUUCUCUUAAGACUUGUUAGAUGAAUAUUAAUUUUCUGUGUCAGGUGUUGCUUUCAGCCUGUUAAUCAUUGCAAUUAUGACGAAUAUGCAAUAUUGUCUUACAUCAGGGUAGAUUACUACUUGUAAA